AUGACGGCGCCUCCACCAAACCUCACUUCCAAUCUGUCGUCCAAUACUCAGACAAGCACUUCAUCAGCUACCCAGGAUGCCGCGGGACGACAGCCCCCCGCCGCCGCCUCCACCACCACCCAACUCGCCAGUGCUAAGAUGAGCUUGCGCAACAAUCUUCGCGAGUUUCCCAACUUCCCGAUCCCCGGCGUUGACUUUAUUGAUAUCAUGCCCUUGUUCGCCAACCCGGACGCCCAUGCUACUCUCCUGUCCGCCCUUGAGAUGCAGAUUACACAGACCUUUGCCGGCAACAAGCCUGAUGUAAUUGUUGGACUCGAUGCCCGUGGCUUUCUCUUUGGCCCUGGUCUUGCCCUGCGACUCGGGCUUGGUUUUGCUGCCGUCAGAAAGAAGGGAAAGCUUCCCGGACCCUGUGUCACGGCGGAGUACGUCAAGGAGUACGGCAAAGAUUAUUUCGAAAUGCAGCAGGAUGCCAUCAAGGAAGGCCAAAGGGUCCUGAUUGUGGACGACAUCAUUGCCACUGGAGGUUCGGCCAAAGCGGCUGCUGAUCUCGCCACCGAGCUCAAGGGCCAGGUGAUAGGCUAUCUGUUCAUUUUCGAAAUCCCCGGUCUUAAUGGUCGUGAAAAGCUCGGUGGAGCGCCUACCGCUAUUCUUCUGGACGAUUGUUGA